AGGUUCCAGAGUGGGGAGCUCGAGGACUGUAGUGGCGGUGUAGGCUCUCAGUGUUAUCAUGCGUGUGCUGAGAGCAAGGUGCAUGCUGCACCUGCUACUCUCUCUUCCUCCGCCAGGCACUGACUUGCUCUCCUCAGCGCUCGCUCUCUAUCCGGCGCGCGCCUCCUCCAGUGUUCCUAUCGUCGGCCUUUCUUGGAAUUGCUAUGGGAGUGAUCGGAUCUCGGCCUACCCAUUGUGCUGACGCGUUUAUGAUUUUCUCAUCUUUCAAACUUAUUUUAAAGUACUCUGCACGUUGUGUCCGCCCUAGUGUGUCGAGUUGGUGUUGAACAUACUCCGCCCUACUUCCAUUUUAAGGGUCGGAAUGUUUUUAACUUAGUGCGUACCAUAGGAAGCACAGACCAUCUAAACAAGUCCCUAGCUUGUCUUUUCUAAGUGUUAGCCCAUAGCGAGAGUGAAUAUAUAUACACUGGCUCACAAAGCGUACAGUAAAGGUGUGUGUGUACAUGGGAGUGGACGGUGUUGACACCUGCAGGACGGUACAUAACAAGAGUAGCGAAGACCACCACCAGACGUAGCCUUCAGCAGUGUUAUAACCAGAUGGAUGAGUAACCUGGGAGAGACAUGUCCGGCCCGGGAGGGGGUUCGCCGCCCCUUGGCCUGCCCCGCCCCGUGCCACACCCACUAGGGGAGCCCCGCCCCGUGCCACACCCACUAGGGGAGCCCCGCCCCACACCCCAGUACCCAUCGUUACAACACCAGGUGGACGAGCUCGAGGCGAAGGCUGCCACCAUGAGGACGGUGUUGUCGCAGCUGGUGGACGCCGACAAGGACGUGGACACGGAGGUCGGCGUCCUGGACUCCAGCACGGGCUGCGAGGGGUCCUGCGACUCCCCUCCCCCGCUCCCCUCGCUCAUCUUCGACUCCCAGCUGAGCAACAUGCCCGCCGGCCUCCUGGGCAGCGACCCCCUUAUUAACCACCACCAGUUCCAGAGGUCCGGGAGCCCCCACCCUCUGCUGAACAACACGACGCUCUCGGGGGUGGUGUUCAAUAACAACCUGAGCGAGUUCUCCCUCGACAACAUCAACUCCAACGCCACGAUGGGGCCCCCCAGCGGCAGGACCUCCGUCACCAGCUCCAUCAAUGACUUUAUCGAUAACCAAGACCUUCUCUUGGCCGACUUCAACUCCAACGGUAAGUGCUCACACCUUAUUGUGGGAACUGGUACUCUGGGUACUGGUACUCUGGGUACUGGUACUCUGGGUACUGGUGUGUUAGGUACUGGUACUCUGGGAACUGGUACUCUGGGUACUGGUAUGUUGGAAACUAGUAUUCUCGGUACUGGUUAAGUGU